AUGGAACCAAAUCCUAAUUUAGAUUUAAUUUCAGAUAUUCUUACAUUAUUAUAUUCAAGUCUUGAAGCACUUGAAAAAUUCAUAAUUUAUUGUACAGAUUUAUCAUCUGUAUUAUCAUUAAUAGAAUCAAUUCUUACUAAAUAUGUUUCAUUACUUUCAGAUAUUUCAGAACAAAUAUUAUCUUUAAUAAAAUUAACUUUAAAAUUUACAAAUCAAUCUCAACAUCUAUCACUUAUAAUUCAAAAAUUUUUAUUUGAAAAUCCAUUAGAUUUAUCAAUAUUAUUACUCCCAUCAAUUAGUUUUAUUUGUCAAUAUUCAACUUCAAAUUUAGAUUCUCAUUUAUUACUUCGUUAUAUACAAAAUUCACUUCAAGUGUAUUAUAAUGAUGAUUUCUUACUUACAUCAAUUACAUUUACUUUAAAACAAUUACUCAUAUCUUCUGUAAUUCUUUCUUCUCAAAUAUUACCAACAAUAUUAGCAUUACUUCCUCAAUGUGAUGGUUAUUUAGCUCAUUGUUUAAAAACAACAAUAUUUGUAUCAAUUAUUUUUCAACCUCAAAACACUUUGGAUUUAUUUGAUUCUUUAAAUUCAUUUCAGUUACUUCUUAAUAUGUUAAAACAAUAUUCUACUCUUAAAAAUGAUUUUUAUACAACUAAAAUUCUUGUUUUAACUCUAAUUACUUUAAUAGAUACUCCUUCUCCAUUAGAUCAAGUUUCAUUACUUCAACUAUUAAUUCCUUUUCUUCAAUCAUUAUAUUUAUAUCGUAAUACUUAUUCUCAAGCUAUUAUUUCAAUUUCUGAAGAUGACAAUGACAAUGAAUCUCCUCAAUGUGAAGAAGAACCAGUACCAAUGUUAAUUGAAUUGAAUGACAAUGCUAUAUUAUCACAAUUAAUACAGAAAUUGAUCUCUAAAAAUGCUCCAAUACUUCAAACAUUAACAUCAGAACAAAUGAUAUUUCUCAAAAGAAUACUUCAUUUAUAA